GCGCCGACCGUGAGCGGUUGUUUUCAGAGGACUUUCUUGUCAUCGCUCGUAUAGUGCUACCGUUUGCCUGCCGAACCCUGCCGAACCCUUCCCACACCCACUGCUAUGCAUGUUGCGGGCCUACUCCAGUACUUGUUAUCGACCAACUCUGUCAAUCUCUCACUCAUCGCGCAGAAGGUUUUCCAGUGAUAGCUCUCUCAUGUACCAAGUUUGUGAUCGGUGGACCUUCAAGUCACUCGCUGUUCGGAUUUUUACUUCAUCCACACGUGGUUCGGGUCCGGUUCAUCCUUCCGUAGUUAUGUGGGAAUAGCUUGUCUGACCUGACAUUUUUUGCAUC